GCGGUGCAGCUGGGCCUGCCUCCGAUUUGGGGGAAGCGACUGACUUCCAAGCCCCCGCUGGGAAGCUUGUGUCAUGUGAGGGGGGCGCCCGGGAGGGAUCUUCUGGGAUCUGGGAUCACCACAGCAGCAGCAGCAGCCGCCGAAGAAGAAGAGGCCAGGGAGAUCGCUGUCCGGUCAUCAUGUCAGUCAGCGUCCAUGAGAACCGUAAAUCCCGGACCAGUACUGGUUCUAUGAACAUCCUGCUGUUCCAUAAAGCUUCCCACCCAGAUUGUGUCCUCUCACAUCUCAACACCAUGAGAAAGCAUUGCACCUUCACUGAUGUCACCCUCUGGGCUGGGAACAAGUCCUUUCCCUGUCACCGAGCUGUCCUUGCUGCCUCCAGUAGAUACUUUGAAGCCAUGUUCAGCAACGGCCUUCGGGAGAGCCUUGGAGACGAAGUGAAUUUCCACGACAGCUUACACCCAGAAGUGUUGGAGUUGCUACUCGACUAUGCUUACUCAUCCAAGAUCAUCAUCAAUGAGGAGAAUGCUGAGUCUCUCCUUGAAGCUGGUGAUAUGUUGCAGUUCCAUGACGUCCGUGACGCAGCUGCAGAGUUCCUGGAGAAGAACUUAUACCCUUCCAACUGCUUAGGCAUGAUGGUCCUUUCUGAUGCUCACCAGUGCAAGAGGCUCUAUGAGCUGUCUUGGAGGAUGUGCCUGGUCAACUUUGAGACAGUCCAUAGGAGUGAAGAAUUCAACAGUCUCUCCAAGGAUACCCUGGUGGACUUAAUUUCCAGCGAUGAGUUGGAGAUUGAGGAUGAGGAGAAGGUCUUCAAGGCAGUCAUCCAGUGGGUCAAAUACGAUUUGGAGAAGCGAAAGACUUUUCUUCCAGAGCUGUUGAAGAAUGUGCGCCUGGCCUUGCUGCCUUCUGAAUGCCUCAAGGAAGCCAUGACCUAUGAGGAGCUCAUCACUGCCGAGGAUCAAAACAAGCAGAUCAUGGACGAGGCGCUUUGGUGCAAAAAGAAAAUCCUACAGAAUGACGGGGUGGUCAUGAGUCCUUGUGCCAAGCCUCGCAAAGCUGGGCAUACCUUGCUCAUUUUAGGGGGACAGACGUUCAUGUGUGACAAAGUUUAUCAGGUAGACCACAAGGCAAAAGAGAUCAUCCCCAAAGCAGACCUGCCUAGCCCCAGAAAGGAGUUCAGUGCAUGUGCCAUUGGUUGCAAAGUCUACAUUACUGGAGGGAGAGGCUCAGAAAAUGGGGUGUCCAAGGACGUCUGGGUUUAUGACACAGUUAACGAGGAGUGGUCCAAAGCUGCCCCCAUGCUUAUAGCCCGGUUUGGGCAUGGCUCAGCCGAACUGGAAAACUGCCUCUAUGUAGUUGGUGGGCACACUGCCGUGGCCGGGGUCUUUCCGGCCUCUCCCUCUGUUUCAUUGAAGCAGGUGGAGAAGUACGAUCCAGUUGUCAACAAAUGGACCAUGGUGGCCCCUCUGCGGGAUGGCGUCAGCAACGCCGCAGUUGUAAGUGCGAGGCUGAAGCUCUACGUCUUUGGGGGAACCAGCAUUCACCGGGAUAUGGUGUCCAAAGUCCAGUGCUACGAUCCAUCAGAUAACCGGUGGACCAUCAAAGCCCAGUGUCCCCAGCCAUGGCGCUACACGGCAGCUGCUGUUCUAGGCAGCCAGAUUUUUAUCAUGGGUGGAGACACAGAGUACACAGCAGCCUCUGCCUACCGUUUUGAUUGUGAAACAGAUCAGUGGACACGGAUCGGAGACAUGACAGCCAAACGGAUGUCCUGCCAUGCUUUGGCUUCAGGGAACAAGCUUUAUGUGGUAGGCGGUUACUUUGGGACGCAGAGAUGCAAAACACUGGACUGUUACGACCCUACCUCAGAUACCUGGAACUGUAUCACCACUGUACCUUACUCCCUCAUCCCUACAGCUUUCGUAAGCACAUGGAAACACUUACCGGCCUGACAGGGUUGUGUGUGUAUUUGUUGACAACUGAGGAGCUGAAGGAGAGAUGUGGCACCCAUAUGUCGGUACAGAUGUAGGAACCUGCACAAACAACUGGAAGGUACUGGCUUUACUAUACCAUCUCCCACAUUCCCCAGUUGGUGGUUCUCCUUGCACCAGUGUGGGGAUAGAUGUCAGGAUGAUCUAAGCUGUGUGAAGAAGCUGGAUGAGGACACGGAGUCUUCUCCCAGGAAGAGGGAACUGGACGUGUCCUCUCGAGGUGGUUAUGCAAGCACUGUAUGGGCACCACGUUGGUACCAGAGUUAGAAGAGAGCCCAUUUAAGAGCCAAAAGACCUCAAAGACUUACCAUUUCCCCACAAAUGUGUAAAACAUUGAAGAACCUGAAGCCUCUCUUCUGCCAUGUGAAUGAAGCACAGAUGUCUCUGAAGGGCUGGAAUAACGCUGAGGCAUUUUUGAAGCACAUUCUUCUGUUUGUACUUUGAUGUUCCUGGAGAUCUGACUAUUUUAAUUAAAAAAUGCACUAGACAGUU